AUGUUGAAGAUGGCAAAAUUUUUUAAAAAUAAAGCUGAAGUUGAUAAUUUUGUACAACUAACGUUAAUUCGACUUCGUACAGAUUUAGAAAAAGAUACGCGUGGUUAUCAGUUUGCUAAACAUUAUUAUGAUGUAAACGAAUAUGAUUUAGCUGAAGUAUAUUUGAAAAAAUUUAUUCUACGUUCACCAGAAUCAGCAAAUGCAUACGAUUUAAUGGGCGAUAUUUGUUUCUCAAAACAGAACUAUUCCGAUGCAUUGAACAACUAUGAAAAUCUUUUCAAUUUUCUAGCCGUUAAUUCGAUGCUUGAACUAAAUCAAAUACCAUUAGAUCGUGCUCGAAAGUUUAUCGAUAUUAUAAAUCGAACUUCACCAGAUGAUAAUUUGAUUAAAGAAUUACGGAUAAAAAUCGAUGAAAAUAAUACAUUAGCUGAUCCCGAUAGAUUGAAAACAUAUUUGAAAGAAAAAUUGAACGAUGAACCAUUAAAUAUUCAACUUCGCCAACAGUUGAUAAAUGUUUAUUUGCGUUCAAAGAAUGAUGAAGAUGCAUUUCUAUUAUUAAUGGAAACAAUUGAUAAUGACAAAUAUGAUCAUAAUCUCGAAUGGAAUAAAUUUUGUUUGAAAAUCAUACAAGAUGUUCAAAUAGUCGAUCGUACUCAACAUGUAUUCUGUUCGUAUUUAUGUUAUGUACGUUAUAUUGAAACUUUGUUUGAAAUACGAAAUGAAACUGAUCUAGUCGAAAAUUUGAAACUAUUUGAUCGAUUUGUUAAAAUUAAUAGAAUGGAAAUAUUUUCUGCUUAUUUAAAGUCAGAUUUAUACUUUUUUAUUGGAAUGUAUUUAUUGUUCGUUUUAUCGAAUAUUGAACAUAUGAAUGAUGAGGAUAAAAUUGCACAAUAUCAAUCGAAUUUAAUGGAAUCGUCAACAAUUUAUUUUCUCCUAGCACAAAAAUAUUCAAACAAUUUCAAUGAAGAGUCAGAAAACAAUGAAGAAGCAUUCACACUAUGUUCAACAACGUAUAUGCUGAAACACAAUGUACAACGUUCGUUUGUCAUAGGCUAUUGGCUUCGAACAUUAGAACAAAGUAUCAUUCAUAAUGCCAAAAAGAGAAAAGCAAACGAUUUACAUGCUGUUGUCAAACGUUUCUUAAAUAUUGAUAAUAUUCAGGAAUCCUUUAUAUUAUCAGUGAAUGAUGAUGAUUAUUAUGAUGGGUUAUCCAAAGAACAAUUAUCGACAUAUGAUGGUGACGAUAGUAAUGAGUUACAAAAUUCAAGAGAUAUCGUUUUACAUGAUGUGUUAACAUUACAUAGUUUACAUAAAAUGAUAUGGUUUACGAGUUGUUCUAUGGAUGCCAUUUCUCUUAUUCACAAAUAUUUACCAAAAACAAUUCCACUUUCAACGAAUGAUCCAAGUGUAGUUGAAUAUUUAACACAAAUGGAUCUGAUUACAUUUUUAUAUUUUUGUUAUUUGCAAUAUAAAACUAAGUUCUCUAAAAUUACUGGACUUUAUCCACAUAAAUUUUAUACAAAUUUUUGCUCGAAAGCUCAUACAGAAUGGUGGGUAAAUUCAUUUCGAGUUAGUACAAAUGAGGAAAAAGAAAAUUACGAUGGAACUGACAAUCAGCAAAGAACAAAGUUUUAUAAAGGUUUACUAUUUUUACGUUUACAAGGCGAUAAUCCAUUUUUUGAUGAUAUUCAUCAAUCGUCUGCUGUGUUUAAUGAUGUGUCCCAUGUAUUUCAUGAAGAGUGUAUACGAUUACGACGUAAAAAUGAUCAUACAAAAGCCGCAGCUUAUGAUAAUUAUUCAACUUAUUAUCAAAAGUUGACAACAUGUAAUUCGAAUACAGGAAAAACCACAAUGUCAAAAACACCGACUAGUAAUGAUGGGGUAACAUCAUCAACAUCGUUUCAUACUCCCACAACACCAUUGACAGGUGCAUCUUCGAGUAGUGGUGGCGAUGGUAAUAACACAUUAUUAGAAUUUCCCAAGUUCAGUCAGCAUCAGUCUAAUGUACUCGCUCAAAAUCGUCAUGUAUCGACAACGAACAAUGAUAUACCCUCAUCGACGACGCCACGAAGAGAAACAGCUACUACAACCACAAGUGAAUUUCCUCAUGACUUAUUGUCUUCUCUUCGUCGUCCACAACAUCAUGUUUCCGAACAGCCAUCACUAUCACCUUUAACAAAUACCACUCAACAAGCAAGAACGAAAACAACAGUGAACAACUUCAAUGAACGUGUUAACGAGCAAUUGCUAAAUUGUUUAAAUAUUCAGACCAAUGUUAUACAAAAUUUGACUCAAUAUUCGCAACAUAUAUCAUUACAAUUGUUUGAAAUUAAGAAUAUAGUUGAAAUGCUCUGUAAUCGAAUAUUAAUUCAACAACAACAACAACAACAACAACAGCAACACGUUCCUCAACAACCUAACUAUUCUUAUUAUGCUUCUCAAUUUGGUUUUACACCACCUCAGUUACUACAACAUCAACAAUAUAUUCGUCAACCCUUUGUUUCAGCUAUGCCUCCGAUGCAACAACCACCACUUCCAUCAAUGACAGCAUUUCAAAACUUUUCAUCACAACCGCCAUCGAUGACGGCAUUUCAAAACUUUUCAUCACAACCUCCAUCGAUGGGAAUUCAUCAAAUUCCAUCCACCACGUCUAAUCAACCCUCCUUUACUACUCCAUCUUAUCAUCAAACUUCUACUUUUCCUUCUAUUCCAACGAGUCAACCUAGUGUUUUAAAACCACAUGGUCUUUUCGUCCAGGAUCUCCCAACAAUGCCAGUAAUUUCACAAAAAACCGAAGCGAACGUGUCGGAAGGCCCCAAGUCAAUCGCAGAGCAAGUUAAAAAAAUUGAUAUUGCUCCUCCGGCUGAUGAGAAUGAUGAUACUGGUGGUGAUCCCGACGAGUCCUAUGAACCAUCCGUGACAUUUCAGCCAAUUGUAAAGUUAGCCGCUGUUGAUGUUCAAACUGGUAAGAAAGAUAUA